AUGUCAGUUGAUCACGUGGCCGCUCUGGACCUUUGGGAUUCAUUGUACAACAAAAGACCCAGUGACCCGUUAUUUAGCAUCAGAAUUCACUUCAAUUUUGAAAAUUCGAGUAUCUCUUUAAGAAAUAAGGACGAACCUCUGAUCCUCACCAACUAUUUGAAUGAAGGAAACCAUAAAAAAGCACAACGUCUGAGUCGCAUCAGAUCCAACGUUGAAAGCUACGCGGGGUAUUUCCGAGUAAAUGACGACUGCGUCAGAAAUAUGUUUUUCUAUUAUGUUCCUGCCGAAAUGGUGGACUAUGGGAGGCACUUGUUCAACCUUGGUCUCAUCUUUGAUUAUCAAGUCAGUCAAUUUGACAGUUACAGAGAUAUGAUCCGAGAAAGCAUCGAUCGAAAUGACUACAAACAAGCCUUUGAGGAGCUGAAUGUGGGGAAUCAGGCGUUUAAUGAUGGCAAAAGUGUGAAGUUGGCAUUGGCGGGAGAUUUUAUGCGGUCUGUGACUCCCCUGGUUCAGACAAUCCUCGACAAUGGCUAUAAAUGUCUCUUUUUCAACGGACAAUUCAACUUGCUCGUUCCAUUUCAGAUGACUUCCGAGUUUUUAUUAAAGAUGGUCUGGUCAGAGAAGGAUGCAUUCUUGCAUUCCGAACAACGGAUUUGGUAUUCUCGGAAUACGCCGGAGGUGGUGAAUGGAUAUGUUCGCAGUUAUAAAAAUCUGUACCACGUUUUAAUCAGGAAUGCUGGCCAUAUGGCUGCCGUAGAUCAACCCCAGGCCACUCUUGAAAUGAUUGAUAAUUUCAUUUUUGACCGAAAAUUCUAA